CUUCUUCAAUUCUUUUUCUCUCUCUCACAGCCUCACUGAAUCCCCCUUAACCCCCCCCCCCUCCCCUCUUAUACACAGGUAGAUACAAUCAAGAAACGACCAUUAUAGGACGAUUAAAAAAAAUGAACUAGUCUUCUUCAUUUCCUAAGAGAUAUUUGGGAUUAUUUUGGAAGCUCUAAUUUGGCUGACUGAAAAAGAUGCCAUUUUAGAAAUGAUUUGUACUGAGAUUAAUGAUCAAUUAUUGGGUUGGAAAGAUUUUCCAAAGGGGCUUAAAGUCCUUCUUCUUGAUGAAGACUACAAUUCUGCUGCAGAGAUGAGAUCAAGGCUUGAAAAAUUGGACUACAUAGUUUACUCAUUCUGCAAUGAGAAUGAAGCUUUGUCUGCAAUCUCAAACAAAUCUGAGUGCUUUCAUGUUGCCAUUGUGGAGGUAACUACAGGCAACAGUGAUGGAGUUCUCCAAUUUCUUGAGAGUGCCAAAGAUCUGCCAACAAUAAUGACAUCAAAUAUUCAUUCCCUUAGCACAAUGAUGAAGUGUAUAGCGCUUGGUGCAGUCGAGUUUCUUCAGAAACCAUUAUCAGAUGAUAAACUCAAAAAUAUCUGGCAACAUGUAGUUCGCAAGGCAUUCAAUGCUGGAGAAAAAGAUGUGCCCGAAUCGCUUAAACCAGUAAAAGAAUCUCUUGUUUCCGUGCCACAGCUACAGCGAGUAAAGAGUGCACCAGAUGACAAAAGUUCAAAUGAAACGGAACCUUUUACCUCAGUACCGGACAACAAUAAUGAACAGUCAUCAGGCUGCGAUAAAUACCCUGCUCCAUCAACCCCACAAUUGAAACAAGGAGUGAGGUCAGUGGACGAUGGUGAUUGCCAAGAUCAUACUAUCUUCUCAACUGAACAAGACAGUGGGGAGCAUGAUGGGGACACUAAAUCCGUCGAAACUACUUUUAACAAUACAGUUGCUGAGAGUACUGUCCAAACAAGUCCUCCUGAGCAACGACAGACAAUUGUGAAAGAGGAGAAUGGUUCAUCUCCUCAUCAAAAGAUGGAGGCUGAUAUUGCUAUCUCUUCACCAAGUAACAACUGCCCUGACAAUAGCAGUAGUCAUUCUGCUGAACCUAGUAAAGCAUCUGCUCCCCAUAGUUCAAGUGGGACUAAAACCAAUAAGAAGAAGAUGAAGGUAGAUUGGUCACCUGAACUACACAAGAAGUUUGUUCAAGCAGUAGAGCAACUUGGUAUUGAUCAAGCCAUUCCUUCUCGAAUACUAGAGCUGAUGAAAGUGGAGGGUAUAACGAGACAUAACGUAGCUAGCCAUCUCCAGAAAUACAGAAUGCAUCGGAGGCAAAUUUUACCAAAGGAAGUGGAAAGGAGAUGGCCUAAUCCACAACCAAGAGAUUCAGUACAAAGGAGCUAUUAUCCUCAUCAUAGACCUAUCAUGACCGUCCCACCGUAUCACUCUAAUCAUGUUCCGGCGGUUGGUCAAUUACAUCCUGCUUGGGUACCACCGGCAAGUUAUCCUAAUGGUUUACAAGUAUGGGGUUCACCUUACUAUCCGGCAUGGCAGCCUGCAGAUUCUUGGCACUGGAAGCCUCAUCCAGGGCUGCAUGCUGACGCAUGGGGCUCCCCUGUCAUGCCACCAUCAUUUGGAUCAUAUCCGGCGUAUCCUCAGAAUGGUGGAGUUUACCGGCCUAACGGAAUGCAGAAUAGAUAUAGCAUGCUAGAGAAGUCAUUUGAUCUUCACCCGGCUGAGGAGGUUAUUGAUAAAGUAGUGAAAGAGGCAAUAACCAAACCAUGGUUGCCUCUUCCUUUGGGCCUAAAACCUCCUUCCACGGAGAGUGUUCUUCACGAGCUUUCAAGACAAGGGAUCUCAACCGUCCCAACACAAAUCAACGGCUCUCGUUGUCGGAGCUGAUGUGGCAAUCAUUUUACUUUGUUCUGGGUCCCACAGAUCCAUCCCAGUUUUUUUCCGCAAUAACUUUGAUUGGCCCACGCAACCAUAAGAAAUCCAGUACCCUGACCCGACCCUGACAAGGCAGAGGGUUCUGAUUUCUGAAAUGAAUAAAUGAAUGGCAGAGAAUGAGCCACGUGUAUGGUCUUAAUUUAAAGGCCGAAAUGGGGCUGCUGUAAAUAUUGGUUUCUUCCUUUUUGUAGCCCAAUUUUGGACGUUUGGGCUGCUGAGUGUGCUCUGUGAAUUGUUUUUGAGAAUAAUGGAUUGGGUCAUUUUGGGGAUGUAUGAAUGAAUGUGGGGCUAUAUUCGUACUUGUCAACAGAAAAGUUUCCAAUAAUUGACCUAAUACAAACAAUUGAAACUUA